CAGUGCUUUGCACUCUCAAGAAAAGCUUGCCUAGCUCCCACUCUUCAGCUUCAGCCUUCCUUAGUUAAUAGUUACCAACUUUCCUUUGAAAUGUCUCGGGGAAGAGGCGGUGCAGCUCAAGCCAUAGUCAUGGCGGUUGUGCUUCUCUGCUUGCUGGUUCACUUGGAACACGUCCAUGCAGCAACCUACACGGUUGGAGACUCGGGCGGUUGGACCUUUAACACUGAUAGUUGGCCCAAAGGAAAGCGUUUUAGAGCCGGUGACGUGCUCGUCUUCAAUUAUGAUUCAACAAGUCACAAUGUUGUGGCUGUGGACCGUAGCGGCUACAGCGGUUGCACGACUCCAGCGGGUGCAACAGUGUACAGCUCCGGGAAGGACCAGAUAAAGCUGGGGAAGGGACAAAACUACUUCAUCUGCGGCAAUGCUGGGCACUGUAGUUCUGGAAUGAAGAUUGCUAUUAGGGCGGUGUAAUGUUAUGGCUGAGGACUAUCCCUCCAAGAACUAGUUAUAUUUAUUAAUUAGUGUUAAUGAUGCUGUUAGAUCAUGUAAUAUUAUUACUCGCUAGUGUGUGCACUAUAUAUAUAUAUAUGGCUAGAGUGUGACUACAAAAUAUUGGUACUGUGAUAUGGCUUGAGUGUGUGACUAAAAAAUAAAAGAUGAAUCAUGGUCUCUUGUUGCUAUAUGAUGAUGAUCUAUGUACUUUGGCUAAUAUUUUAUGCUUAAGAGCUUUGAUUAAA